AGGUGCGGCAGGCACGGCGUGAGAGCGGGACCCAUGGCAUGGGAUCCUUAUCUUAGAAUCUCUGGCUUACCGCUUACGUCAGUAUAAUGGAAUCUUGGCCAAUUUAUGAAGAUGAAAGUAUUUGGGGAUGAGGAUUAGGGUUUUAGAGAAUGAGAACGGGAUCCUCUGCGGCGUUUCUGGUGAUCUGCAUCCUGCACUCGCUGAUAGCGAUGACGUGUGGGGCGCUGAUGAUGUUCUACAUGAAGGAGGUCUACACGUUCGGCCACGGCGUGCAGACGGCGACGAAGCUCCUCGGAUCCACGCCGCACGACCAGCUCCUCAUCAAGACCUCCGACUCCUUCUCCGGCCUCCUCCUGGUCGCCAUAGGCUUCCUCCUCUUCAUGGUCUCCUUCGUCAAAGACCGCGACUUUCAGGCCUUCUUCGCCAAGGGCUGCACGCUCCUCCACUUCUUCAUGGCCGUCUGGAGAAUCUACUUCGAACGCAAGGUCGAGGAUCUCGCCUGGGAUUGGCUCCGCCAGACCGUUGGUGAUCUCCUCUUGGCCCUCUCCUGGGUUUUCUUCCUCGUUUACUCUUGGAGGGAGAAGUAUGAUUGAUUUAUUACUUUUACUUCUUUUUAUUUGCAUUUCAGCCUUUUUAUUUACCUUGUAAAAAUCGGAUCUCACGUUUUUUCUUUAUAUCAAAUCGCUCUUUAGUCAUG